AUGGGCGGAAUAUUUAACAGAUCAGCAGAAGUGGACUUUCCACAGACGGGUCAUCUUAAUUUACAAAUCCGGGGUUCUAUGCCAUCGGUUCCCUCGAUGUCCAAAGUACUGGUCGACGACUUCUUGGAAGAGUUCACUCGAGUGUCUGCGGGAGUGAUCCGUUCGCACGCAACCCAUUCGUUCAGAUUCGGCGAAACCUCGUUAAGCAUUCCUAUAGUUAUCGACCAAACAAUCACUUACGAAGAAUGCGAAUUCGCGCCCAUCGAUGACAAACUCUCUACACUUCAGUUAGCAAUCGCUCGUAAUUUCAUUGUUUAUGAUAAAGAGGAACAGAUUGUGAGAUAUGCGUCGACCAGUAAAACAUCCUUCUUAUCCGCUGACGACCCGUGCCGUACGGGUAGCACACAAUGCGGUACUCAUAGCAGUUGUGUAGUCGAGGGCUUAAGUUUUAAAUGCAUUUGCGAUCGCGGAUAUCAAACUGAUUUCAUAACUGAUGCUCAAAAUGAACUCAGAGUAUCCAAUUGUAUUGAUAUAAACGAAUGCAGUUCUUCGAGACAACACGCGUGCCAUUCAUUUGCUGAUUGUAUUAAUAUCGAGGGCUCGUAUGCGUGUCGAUGCAAAGCCGGCUAUACUGGCGAUGGAUAUCAGUGCCAGAAGGAACAACGCUGUGAAAGUCUUAUAACUUGCGGACCAAAUGCACAAUGCAUUCACUUAGAGCAGAGAAACCCUGAGUGCAAAUGCAAACAUGGAUAUGCGGGCGACGGACAGGUCUGCAGGAGAAGCGACAGAAUAGAGUCAGAGACAGAGGACUGUCGCACUUAUAACUUAUGUGAUGUAAACGCCGAGUGUUUGGCAAAUCCGUCGACACAACGACACCAAUGCUUCUGUAGAGCGGGU